AUGUGCCACUCAGCCCCCGCCCACGCUUGCCACUACAACAUGAACAAGCCCGAGCAGCAGGAACUGGUCAACCGUCAGGGACAGGGAGCCUUGGUUGACUUUGCCAAUCUCCCCGGUGUUCGUUGCCCAGAGUGUCUCAAGAAGGGCACUGAGACAUGGGUGAUCCGAGGCCGUGCCUGCCCCGUCUGCAGGCAUGAGUGCCUCUAA